CUAUUAUAGUAAAUGUUUUGUGUCACGGUCAUGUAAAAAUGUGACGCUUUACAAAACUUUUAAGCGUAUGCAAAUGUGUUACAAUCUACUGUAUAUAUAUUUUGUAGCUAAAUCGGCGAUGCGUAAAGACUUACACCUACAGCUUAUGACCCAGUUAGCUUGCCGUAGAUUGGGUGUUAUUCGUACGGGCGCUAGGACCCAGAAACUCGCAGAUAUUGAGGUGCGUUUUCCUAAAGAUGGCAGAUCUAGAAAGCGAAGGAGUGAGUAAGAAAGCCGUUUUCUGCAGCGAAUUGCUCUGUCCCACGGAGCUCUUUUCUGCUCGGUCCCGGAGCCACAAGAUUCCGGCACGGGGCCAGAAGGAUUUUCUCCCUGACGCCUCCGAGAAGCAGAAGGAACGGCUGCGGAGGAGCCUGGAUGAACACUGGGCUCUGAUCGAAGAGGAGCGCGUAGAACGAUUAGGAAGCCUGGUGAAAGCAGAAUGGAUUCCCACAGGCAAUGUUGUGGAGCUUAAAUCUCCAGCAGGGAAAUUUUGGCAGACCAUGGGGUUCUCUGAGCAAGGGAAGCAGUUUCUCCUGCCGGAAGAGGCUCUGCAUCUUCUGGAGUGUGGGAAUGUGCAGGUGUUCUACAGAGAUUUACCCCUGUCGGUUCAGGAAGGUUAUGAGAUGUUUCUUUCUAGUGACACCAUAACCUUGCAGCAGUACCAGGUCUUCAGCCAUUUGAAGAGACUGGGAUACAUUGUUAAUAGAUUUGACCCAAGUAGUGUUCCUUCACCGUAUGAGAGACAGCUGAACCUGUCCUUCCAGCGAGAGAAGCCUGCCAGACAGCACCUGAAGCGAAAGCGCAGCCAUGGGGCCAGCUCUAGCCCAAUAUUCAGCAGACCUGGGAAGAGCUUUAAGCACUGUGGGCUGACGUUGAGUCUCUGCUUCAGCAGGAUUGGAGAUGGGCAAGAAGAACAACAAGAGAAGCAGAAGAAGGAAGAUUCAGUAUUUGACAGGAAGAACGGUCAGGACCCGGGGAGGACUGUGUUGGGCUCAGAGGAGAAGUUGAUGCCGGACCCCCCAGCGCCUGCUGUGGAAAUCCAAAUGGAAGCUGAAUCUGUCUCUGCUGCCCCACAGAGAAGCUGGUGGGUUAGUCACCCAGAUGAGCCUCCGUGUCCACCGGAGGGCACAGAAGACAGGUUGGGGAGCUCCUCACAUCUACCCAGGCCAAAAUGGGACUUCAGUAAGAUUUCCUUCCCUGAUUUGGGGUCAUCUGGAUGGCUCCCCAGCCUCCCUGCCCCGAAUCCGGCUCUGCUGCCCCCGGGCCUGUCGGCGGGGACUUGUGACAUCACCCCGUGGCUGGGAAGGCUGAACCUAAAGCCCGAGCGGCUCUCCCAGCGGGAGAGGGAGCAGGAGAGGGUGAGGUGCCACAGACGAGGGGUGAACGAGGACAGGGAGGUCCAGCGCUGCAGCAGCUGGAAGGAGUACAGGGAGCUGCUGGAGAGGAGGAGGCAGGGGAGGACGAAGGGCAGGCCGGCACAUCUGUGGGAAGAAGCGGUCAGGCCUCUCACUGCGCCGGGGGACGCCUCCUGCACAGGUGACCUGCUAGAGAGAAUCGGUAUUAUCAAGCCUUCACGCUUGUGUGAUGGAGCAUCAAACCUCUCAGACAAGUCAGAUCAAUGGAAAAUUGCCUUUGAUGUCUACCAGCCUGGUACAGUUGCGGAGUUUAAGAAGACGAAUCCCGGGAAACCUUAUUCUCGCAUGUGUGUCUGCAGCUUUGAUGGGCCAGUCCCAGACCUGCAGGUGCUGAAACGACUGGCCCAUGAGAGUGGAGAUAUCCCCGUGAUGUUUGCAGUGGUGGACAGCGGAGACAUUUCCUUCUUCACCUUUAAGGACUUUCAGCUGCCCACUGAUGUCUGGCAUUGAGGGGGUCACAGAGCAAAGGGCCCCUGAAACACCCACAGGAUAUCUACCUUGGGUGUGAUGUUAUUUUGAGGGGGAACAAGUUAGGUUGAAAGGGGCUGGUUUAUCUCUUCAGUCAAAGUAACAGUUAUUUAAUUUAAGUCAAUUUCUGUUUUACUGAGCAAACAUUAAACAUGUCCACAACUUGAAUGCUUAGUUGUGCAGCACCAAAAAUGACUGAAGUAGCAAAGGAACUAAAAGAUGUGUUUUGAGAACUUGAAGUUAAAAGCCUUUGUAUUCUAGGAGGUUUUCCCCCCCACCCAAUAUGGAAAUCAGCAAAUUCACUGGAAUUUACUUUUGUUUUGGGUUUUAAAUGUUAAUGUUUUCUAAUAAUUAUUUCGCAGUACUCUUUAAAUGUAUUCAUUUUUUUUAAAUCAAAUGAACAGUGUUAAUAGUUCAUUAACUGUUUGAGAUGAGUAACUGUAGUUAGGCGAAAUGCCUUUUUAACAACAUGGAAGUCACUCCUGGGUACAGAGCCGGAGUUAUUUCUGAACUCCAGCUAUAAAAUCAGUUUAGCACAUUUAAAAAUCGUAUUGUUCAUUCUUUCUAUGUUACUGUAUAUCUGAGUAUUUUUACAGUGCUUUUGCUGAAGACGAUUAAUUGAAUAAAUAUACUCUUGAUUCAGUUUUAAAGAGUUGCAGAGAAUCCUGAAGUAGUGACAGUCCUUUUAUGCUUCUGUCUGGCCAUACUAAAAGCAUGUUCAUUGGCAAUCAACCCUCCCACCUCUAGAUGUCUGUAGAAAGAAACAUGCCCAUUGGUAUGAACUGUGAACCUGCUGAUGUUACCAACUAUUUUGGGAAGGUGGCACAAAAGCAGUUUUACUUAUCCAUGGUCGUCUUUUGUUCUUUUAAAUUUGGGAAGAUGGCUAUUAAAAGCCGUUUUAUAAUGAAAAUAAAUGGUAGUUUGUCGUCUUCCUCA